CAUGUGGGGCCAUUGCCAGGGGGCAAGUAGAUUUCUACAGCUAUAAAAGAACAGUUGUAUAGGCUAAGAGGGAGAUCAAUUACCAAUUAUCAUAAUACAAACACUAUCGUCAUCUAUUUUCUCAUCUUCUUCCUAGCUAUUCCCUUCUCCAAGUCUCAUUCUUCUCUGAGCUCUUCCUCUCUGAUCCCCUUUCCCAGGUGUUGCUAACAUUUGGUAUCAGACUAGGACUCAAUCUCGAUGGAGGCCACGAUGCAGGAUAUUCUAGACGCACUGACGCGCAUGGAGGCACGCUUGACCGAUGCGCUGGUGGGUCGCUGCGGCGAGCCGUACGCACGCGAGCACACUUCCCCCUUCGAUGGAUGCGCGCCUCCUUCUUCCAUCGUCAACACACAGUACCGCGACGAGGCAAUCCUUCCGCCUCUCGUCCACGACGACGCUGCGAAGGUGGCGUCCUUGGAUUCGGGAAACGACUUUGGCCUGCAGCAGACCGCCACGGUGCUUGCGUCCCUGGGGUCCGACGAGAUGUCUUCGUCGACCACGCUCCUCGCCGGCUCCAUAUCCGACCGCUACAUUCCGCCGUUCUACGACGACGACUGCUACACCAUGCCACAGCCGUUUGUCGAUACUCUCGCCAACCCCGACGAUGACCUCCUCCAGGAGCUCGACGUGUUGGACGAGGAUGCCGCGAGCGCCAACGCGGCUGACGACGAUUCAGGCGCUGUCCUCGUCUAUGCGCCGCUCGACUCGAACAUCGACAGCAGCGGAUCACCGCGCUACCCGUGCCUCCCCGAGGGUGCGGUGUUGUUCCAUCGGGACCCGGACGAGAAGGUCCUCAUCGGCGGGACGGAGUUGUCCGGCGAAGUCCGCCGCCUCCGUUUCUCCUUGCCGUCACCAGACCAGGCGAUGAACCCCGCGCUCGUCCCCAACACCGACGCAGAGGAGGAGGAGGUUCUCACCAUCACGCCCACCAAGUGUUUGAUGAGAGUCCUCAACCGGCGCACCUACUCCGUCCCCAACCUCCCGGAGGAAAAGGUGCAGAACUUGAUCCGCGUCGGCGGCGACAAGCUCAGGUUUCCCGAUGACAGGACCAUGUUUCCCAACAGCGCCAACGCCUACACCGACGACAUUGGCAGGCUUGUCCUGUCCCACGGCUCCAUCCACAUCGCGCUCGACAUCGAAUGCGGGAUGACGAGCUGGGCCGCCUACCUGUUGUCAUGGGACAUCCUAGCCAUGUCGUUCGCGCUGCGGGACUCUCACGAGGCGCGGAUGCAGUUCACGCUGGUGCGCGGUGUGCCAGUCAUGAUUGGUGUGCUCGCGUCCAAAUGCUUCGCCUACCCGACCCGUGCCUUACAUAUGGCGCACUGCUUCUGCUGCUACAGCCCUUUGCAACUCUACGAUGGACUGUACUUGAUCGAGGAUGAUCGUGUACUGCAUCCCAGAGGGUACUGGAUCCUGUCCGGCCCGCCAAUCAACUGGAAGAAGUACUGGAAGGGGUGGGAGCGGACGAAGGAGGAUGCAGCUAACAACUGUGCCCAUGGCUACUACACUGCUGGAAAGGGAACUGUGCUGGUAGCUAACAAUUUUGGUGAUGACCUCUUUGCUGGCAGCAAUGAGAUCAAACAACCAUGGCCUCCACCUCUGGAGUUAGCGUGCUUGGAUUGGAACAUCAUGGUCUUCUUUGUGUUUCGUGUUUCCACGACCCUCUUCAUCGACAUUGACUCAGCUGGCUUUGGCACUGGUCUCGAGCUGUGGUCUAGCAGGGCCAGCGACAAAAACAAGUUCAUGCUUGAACAACUGCAUAGGAACAAGAUGUCCAAUAGGGCCACCCAUGGGUGUUAUGCCUGUCGACGGCCAAUCCACCUUCGUGGACAGGAUACCAUUUGUUCCGGCUGCAAUGAUGGUUUUAUCCAGGAAAGCAGUGAGAUGGGUGGCGUACUGAACACUUAUGGGCUCCUUGAACCAGACUUUGAAGAGCGUCGAGCCAAAAGAAUUGGAAUGAUGGACGCCAUAUCUGCCCUUAUCCAGCAACAGAUGGCAGAAAUAGGAAGAGAUAGUUUGUUUGAUAUACAUGGUCGACAAGGGACUUGUACUGAACAUAGAAGGAGAUCAACUGCUAUUCAUACUCUCAUAAUUGGGUGCAUCCCUUCUCCUGCAGUUGGUAGUAGUGAAUCUAGUGAUGUCAAUAUUAUCAUGAGGGGAGGCUCUCGAGUUCGCGCUGUCCAUCCAAAUUUUAGUAGUCUAGUUGUUGGUUCAAGUCUGGAAGCUCUAUUUGAGCAUCUACUACUCCAAAACAAUCGUCAAGCCACACCUCCUGCUCCACAGUCAGCUAUUGACUCCAUGUCGAUUGGGUACAAUACCACCAUAUCAGUGCCACAAAUGCAUGCAGUUUGCCUGAAGCUCCUCGAGAAGAAUCUUCAGCCGGGAAUGCGAGCUCUCGACGUUGGUUCAGGGAUUGGUUUGGCCGCUGGCCUUGUUCCUUCUGGUCUGAGUGCUGUCAGCAGUGGCCAAGGUAAUUUUUCAGUAUUUGUUUGGGAUCCUGGUGAUAGCGGCUUGGUUACCUCUAGUCUGAGUGCCGUCAGCAGUGACCAAGGCAAUUUUUCAGUCUUUGUUUGGGAUCCUGGUGAUCGUGGCUUGGUUACCUAUGGUCUGAGAGUUGUCAGUAUUGCAAGAGUUACUGCUAUUAUGUCAGGCACAUAUGCAAGAGCUGCUGCUACAACUUCCUCUCCGAAGAUGCGCCAGACCCAGUUCAGAUGGCGGGCCGAAGAGAGGCGUGAUGCAUUCAACAAUGAUGCUAAUCCACAGAUGAAGUUGAUUCUACACCGUCAGCGUCUUGGGGGCAAGCCGCGUUUCAAGGAGUGGGGAAUGUUAGGAGUGGCUGCCAUGUGGGGCCAUUGCCAGGGGGCAAGUAGAUUUCUACAGCUAUAAAAGAACAGUUGUAUAGGCUAAGAGGGAGAUCAAUUACCAAUUAUCAUAAUACAAACACUAUCGUCAUCUAUUUUCUCAUCUUCUUCCUAGCUAUUCCCUUCUCCAAGUCUCAUUCUUCUCUGAGCUCUUCCUCUCUGAUCCCCUUUCCCAGGUGUUGCUAACAAUUUCGCCCAAGUUUUUAUAGAGAAACCAAAUGUUGUUCCUUGUGAAGUUUGUUAUGAAACAUAUGCUUGUGGGUUCAAUUCAAUCAGCAGGGGGGAGGAAGUACAAUUUGCCGGGCGUGGUUGUUGCAGUCGUGCUGACUACAGUAACAGCCUUGAACCUCGUAGUUUGCCUCUGUUUCUGGAGGCGGCGGCGGCGGCGGCGUGGACCAACAGCACAGGCGAAGC